UUGCAGUUAACUACUAAUUAAAAUAGAAAAAAAUGGCCCAACCACAAUUGUUGCAAAUUAAAUUGUCCAGAUUCGAUGCUCAACCCUGGGGCUUUCGUCUACAAGGUGGCACUGAUUUCGCUGCUCCACUUCUUGUACAAAAGGUCAAUGGUGGCAGUUUAGCUGAACAAGCUGGCUUAAUGCCCGGUGAUGCUGUAAUUAAAAUUAACGAUGUCGAUGUUUUCAAUCUACGCCACAAAGAUGCCCAAGAUAUUGUUGUACGUUCCGGCAAUAACUUUGUUAUUACUGUACAAAGAGGUGGUUCUACCUGGCGUCCACAUGUUCAACCCACUGGCCAAAUGCCCCAACCCAAUUCACCUUAUUUGCAAACAGUGACGAAAACUUCUUUGGCUCACAAACAGCAAGAGUCCCAACAUAUCGGCUGUGGCUACAAUAAUGCGGCCAAACCUUUUGGCAAUGGCGUUGAUGGCAACGUUAAGAGUAUUGUCAAUAAACAAUACAACAGCCCAGUUGGCAUUUAUAGCGAUGAAUCUAUUGCAGAAACCCUCUCGGCUCAGGCUGAAGUAUUGGCUGGUGGUGUCCUUGGUGUUAACUUCAAGAAAAACGAAAAGGAAUACCAGGCCGAUAAGUCUGAAGUAUUGAAAUUCUUGCGUGAAGAAGAAUCUGGCCCCUCUACACCAGAGCCACACAGCACAUCAAACUACUAUUGGACACGAAGUCAUGCCAUUGGCGGCCAUCACAAGCAGGAUAGUGAUGAUGAGCGUAUUGGUACACCAUUACAACAGAAUACAUUGGCACCAGCCGCCACACAUCGCCCCAGUUUGCCAACUCCCAAAUCAACAGCCAACACAGAACCACCAAAACCCGCCGUUGCUGCCGUACCAGAAAUACCUGAUCCCAGACUAAUUGUUAUGCCAGUAUGUCCGGCUCUACAGACACCGGAGUAUAAGGAAGAAAUGGAGGCAGCUGCAAAGGCAGCAGCAUUAGGACCGGAUGGACAACCUAGACCAUUAUCAGCUAGCGGACAUCCGCCAUGUGCAAUGUGUGGUGUUGGCAUUGUUGGUGUUUUUGUACGCAUCAAGGAUAGAAAUUUACAUGUUGAAUGUUUCAAGUGUGCCACUUGUGGUACUUCAUUGAAAAAUCAAGGUUACUACAAUUUCAAUAAUAAAUUGUACUGUGACAUCCAUGCUAAAUUGGCUGCUAUGCAAAAUCCUCCAUCUGGCACUGAGGGCUAUGUACCCAUACCCAUUAAACCUAACACCAAAUUGAGUGCUUCGACCAUUACUUCAGCCUUGAAUGCUCAUGGCUACAAUAAUGGUGUAUCCAAUGGUAGCUCUACUCCAGCUCCGGUUGCACCACCUCUACCAACAGCAACAACAACAACAACCACACCUUCUAGUAGCAAUUUAUCAUUUGUAGAUAAGAGUCCUUUUAAUAAUAGUAGCAACAGUCAAAUAAUCAACGACAACUGCAACACCACAACUAACGAAAUGUCCGCGACUACGGCCACGGGGCCAAGUGGUGACAAACCAUUUGAAUAUGUUACAUUAACCGGUAAUGUUAUACGUAGUGUUGUGCCACCCGGUAAGGGUAAUGUUAAUUACAAGGUUAACCAGGGAGGUUAUGCUCGUCCUUAUGGUGCUGCUCCACCAGCUGCUGCUCCCAAGUCGCCUGUCUCUUAUCCACCACAACAACAACAAUGGAAUCAACCACCACCAACUCAACCCAAGCCAACUGGUGGUAAUGCCUACGCAACUUUGCCACGCAGCAAUGUUGGCCAACAAGAAGCCAAUGAGGAAAGCUUGCAACCGCAAUAUGCCGAAUGUUAUUUCGAGGAGGACUAUGAGGUGGAGCAGACUAAUAGACAGCAACGUUCGAACUUUUGUUGGCCACCUGCUGAGGAUGAUAGUAGUCGUGCUCCUACAGCAGCUCCUUUGUAUAUACCUCCACCUGAAACACAGCACGUGGUGGCAAAGCCAUUAGAAAAUCCUCCGCCUCCUCCACCGGGUAAUACAGCUGCAGUCUGCGGUCAAUGUCAGUGUAGUGGUGAAACUGAGCAACAGCAACAGCAGCAGCAACAACAACAACAACAGCAGCAGCAACAACAAGCUCAAUGGCAAAGUCGUUCUGCUCCUCAAUUGACCAGUGGCGUGACCCAACAGGAAUGUGAAUCUGGUUCCGAUUCUUAUACCUCUACCAGCACUACUACCACCACCACUUCGGAUGGCUAUCAACGCAUGUAUGCGGCCCAAGUUCAGGCCUAUCAAAUGCAACAAGCUUACGAACAGUCUGGUUCUGAAUUUGACUAUCACAUGGAUAUGGAAGUGGCCGCUAUGCAGCAACAAGAUCACUUACAACUCUCUUCUUCGCAUUAUUCCGAGAGUGGCCGUCGUAGUGCUCAAGAAUGUAUAGAAACUUUAGUGCCUCCCUUAAGCACCUAUAGACUAGUAGAUAUGGUAAGAGAGGUAACUCCCAGUCCUGUACCCGAACCUUCUCAGGGAUCACGUCAUGUGGUAUUUUUAGAAGAUCCCGAAGUAAAAGAAGUCGACUCAUAUCAUCAGCAAGAAGAACAAGGUAAUGAAGAUGACGAAAAACAACAAGAACAAAAACACACCACAGAAACACAUGAAUCCUCGUAUGAGGAAGAAACUGAAGAGAAAGGUUUCAUUAAAGAUGAUCGUUCUCAUAUUCUGGAAAGUCAGCGUAUUUUCCAACCUACUCCAGAAAUAAAAAUCGAAAUAGCCCCUGUCAAACAAAUUCCUCCCACCAAAAUUCCCAAUCCUUGCCCUAAAGAGUGGAUAAACCCUAUGGUACGUGUUCUAACCACAGCUCCCGAGACUCCCUUUCAUAUGGUAGGUUGUUUGUGUCCCAAACCCUGCGAAUGUACAUGUCAAGUUGAUCCUGAGGCAGAAAUUGCCCAGGAAAUACCUGAGGAACCUCCCAAAGAACCUAUACCAGAACCUUACGAAAGACCACUUUCACCAGAACCCGAAGAGCCAGUACAUAUAAAUACUAUAUGGGAUACCCCCACGCUCACCAGCGCCAUGACUAUUGCUCCAGAGUUUCAAUUGAAAUUUGCUCCACCUGCCUCUGAGGGCAUACCUUUGCCCGAGGAAACUGAACCUUAUAUGCCUCCACCCAUUGAAGUUAAACCUUAUGUUCGGGAGGAUUAUCGCCCAAAAACUCCCUUAUUACGUGCUCUAACCACUGCUCCUGAAAAACCUUUUGAAGGACACUUUGAUCGUGAUGUUCCCAUACAUAUUCUCGAUUUGCCUACACCCAAAGAACAUCUAACAAUGAAGGACGCCUUACGCACAGCGCCCGAACGUCCUUACACUCCUCUCGAUCCUGAAAAUGCUACACACAUGUUUGAAGAGCAGCAAAAGGAAGAAGAGAAGAAAAAGAAAGAAUUUCAGGUUUUGGACAGAGAAGAAGAAUUGGGUUUGUCUAAGGAAGCAUUGGAACAGGUGGAGUAUUAUACCACAGAAAAACGUAAAUCAUCAACAUCAGCAUUUGCGGCCAUGCAAGCAUUCCAACCAUCCUCACAACCUUUAUCCUCUUCAACGACACCUCGCCACUCCAUUUCCUACACUAAAGAAGAAAAUGAUCUCGAAUAUAGAAAAUAUUAUGAUGCUCAUGAGCGUUAUCAGAAAAGACGUAGCUAUUUUUCACAAAAGGAGCAAGAGCUUCUACAACAACAGCAAACCAACACUUCCUCACAACUACAAGAACAACAUCAACAACAACAACAGACUAAUACACGUGAAGAGUCCUCAUUGUAUUCCUCUACCAAAGCUAGCUCUUCUUCCUCUAAAUCCUCUUCCGCAGUCCAACAACAACAGCAAAUUACCUCAUCAACAUAUGCUUCGAACUUAACACAAGCUACCAAAUCAUCCCAAUCAAUGGCUUAUUCUGGUUCCGCAACUACCUCCACCAAAGUCGAUGUACAUGAAGUUAUCGAAGAAGUAACCGACGAACUUGAACACUCUGAGGUUAUAUUUCCACCACCCUCACCCCUUAGUCACUUGAAACAGAAAACCUCAUCGGGUCUCCACAGACCAGAGUCCAUACCAAAAUAUCAGCGCAAUUGGACAGUGCUGCCGACACAAAGCCCUGUACGCACACCCGAACCACCAGAAUUACGUGAGAAUGUUCCUUUGGCUUUUGUAGAUACUCCCAAAACACCCACUACCACUAAUGGCUCCAAUGGCAAUAAUAUACACAAACCUGUGGCUCAAAUGUCUGCACGCUCUGUCAGUCAACAGCAAUCACAAUCACACCAACAGCAGACAACUGCUUCUGCCUACAGUUCCUCUGUAAUGAGUUCUAAAACUGAACAAAGGCAGCAGCAGCUGUCUUCGACAGUCAGUUCCUCCACUACAACCGCUACCGAUUCGGCUAAACAGCAGCUACAGUUAACUAAACCCACUAUACCAAUUAUUAUUGAAGAUCGCUCGGGACCAGUUACCAUGGCUUUUCAAGCUUUAGAUGAGCAUAUGGUGAGAGAUCAAUCUCAAACACCCUCGCGGCCUUAUACGCCUUCCAUGAUAAAUAAACCAGCUCCCAUUACUCCAUAUUAUCAGACGCCUGAAAAAUUAUGCUUUGAUGAAUGUCCAGCUACUCAUGCUCGCGAUUACGAUCGUCGCUCAGCUUCUCCUUUUCCAGAUCGCGCUAGAUCUCCAGCUCCUGGACCACCACCAAAUCCCUUGGCUGCCAUACGAGCUCCUCGCAUGAAGGAAUCGGAAGUCUCUCCAUUAAGUCCACGAGUGCUACAAGCUGGCUCUAUUACCACUGGACAAAGCUAUUUGGGAGCACAACAGGCCCAACAACAAGAGAGAUUGCUCUCACAUACCGCCACAGGCACCCAAUCGGCCAUGCAAAGUUUCACCCAAGAGCCGGAGAAAAGAGAAAAAAUGCAAAUCGGCAAUAUGACUGUGGAAAGGAGUGAAAAGGCUUCCCGUUUAGAGGAACAAAAACAAAGUCAAAUGCAAUCACACACUACCACACAAGUGGGUAACACUCAGAUUGAACGCAGACGCAAAGUCACUGAAGAAUUUGAACACACUUCAUCGGCCAAGACUGUGGAGAUACGUACUGGUUCACAAUCUUCUUCCACAGAAAGAAGACAAUCUUAUGGAAAAACUGGUUAUGUGGCCAAUCAAGCAAGACGUUUGUCAGGUCUCGAACAAGAGAUCACAAACUUGACAAGCCAGUCACAGGCCAUUAGUGCUCGAGCGGCCACAUUGACGGAAACGAAAUUUCCCGAACUGCAUAGUCAGGGCGGUCAAUCGCAAUUCCCCACAAAGCCAGUGCUUCCUUCUCACGAUGAAUCUCAGCCACCGAGCUAUUACGUUUCUGGAGCCACUACUAAAAAAUUGGAUGAACCGGCUUGCACGAUUUUCCCACCAGCCCAACAAAAACCAUCUUCAACUUCGUACGGAGCAUCAUUGGUUUCUUCGCAGCAAUCACAAUCACAAUCGCAACAACAGCAACAACAACUGAAAUCAUUAACUACAUUAUCAACAACAUCAUCUUCACAUCAACAAAAACAACAACAACAAGCUAACACUGUUAGCUGUAGUCUAACCAAAGCUUCUGCUACUACUUGUACUAAUAAUCAAGCUUAUCAAUCGAUCACAGCUGGCUCUAACCUUAAUGCUACUUCUACUUCUACCACUACUUCAUCUGCAACUGGCACUGCACCCUCGGGUGUUUGCCCAGUAACGGGUACAUUCUGUCGUCCCGGUCAUACAUGCUGCAAGCAGCAACAAUUGCAACAAUCAAAUAAUAAUGGCUCACGACCGACUGCUUCUUUAGGUUCAGCUGGCUCUAAGCCAUCACAAGCUGCAGCUUCUUCUAAUAUUACAGCUAAUAUGCAAUCGCAAUCUUCUGCAGCACCAAGCGCCGCACCAACACCAUCUGCUUCCAAAAGACCAAGUGUUUCAGCACCUUCUAAUAAUACCAAUAAUGAUUCUGCUACAGGUGGAAUGGCUCCUAAGGGUGGUGCUUAUGGUGCUACUACAGCUCCCAAACGUGGUCGCGGUAUUUUGAACAAGGCCGUCAGCUCCGGUGUACGUGUACCAACUUGCAAUAGCUGCAGCACCCACAUCAGGGGUCCUUUCAUUACCGCUUUGGGUAAGAUCUGGUGUCCCGAACACUUCCACUGUGUCAAUGGCAACUGCCGUCGUCCCUUGCAGGACAUUGGCUUCGUUGAAGAGAAGGGUGACCUUUACUGUGAAUAUUGCUUCGAGAAAUAUUUGGCUCCCACUUGCAGCAAGUGUGCUGGUAAAAUCAAGGGUGAUUGUUUGAAUGCCAUUGGCAAACACUUCCAUCCUGAAUGCUUUGCCUGUGGUCAUUGCGGCAAAUUGUUCGGCAAUACUCCCUUCUUCCUAGAGGAUGGUAUGCCCUACUGUGAAGCUGAUUGGAAUGAAUUGUUCACCACUAAAUGUUUCGCUUGCGGUUUCCCCGUUGAAGCUGGCGAUAGAUGGGUUGAGGCCUUGAACCACAACUAUCAUAGCCAAUGUUUCAAUUGCACUUACUGCAAACAAAACUUGGAAGGUCAAAGCUUCUACAACAAGGGCGGUCGUCCCUUCUGCAAGAAUCAUGCUCGUUAAGGUUUGAAGUUGUUUGCAACCGAAAGACUGCAACAACUGCAACCUAAAACAGCAGCAGCAAUAUAUUAAUAUCUACAACAACAAAAAAACAUUAACGCUAAACCACGCACCUUUUCAUCAGGGAUCAUUUAAUGCAUAAAAACAUUGAUUUUAAUUAAAACAAAACAAAAAAUAAAAACACAAGUAUAUAUUUCUUUUAUUUAGUUAAUCAUAAUAAAACUCAACAUAAAAAACUAUUAAUAUUAAUUUAAUGAAACAAAAAAAAAAAAACAAGCUUAGCUUAUAAUUUUAAUUAUCAACAAUUAUUAAUACUUUGUUUUUUGAAAACUUUUACUCUCUUCCCCCUAUUAUUGCGUUUAAAGUUAAAACUGAAAUUUUGAUUAAAUUUUAAUAUUUUCCCUCAACUACUUAAUUUUGCUUUUUUGUAUAAUUUUAACGAACUACAACGAUCAACGAUCGAUCCUUCCUAUAACUUUCUCAAAAAUCUCCCCUGUUGCAAUGAAAACCUAACAAAUUAUAUUUAAUUUAUGUAAUAAUUCUAUAAAAAAACGCGUUAAGAUUUCAUUUGUAAUUAAUUUGAAAUUGAAAUUUUUGAAAUAACUUGUUAGGUUUGUUGUAAUUAUUAUUUUAUUUAAAAUUUCCUCUCAAGUAAUUUUUGUGUUUUUCUUUUUGAAAAUUGUAUGACCCCUGUCUUAUUCUCAUUUAUUCUCCUAGUUUUGGCUUUAAAUAUUUUAUUUUAUUAUAAAUAUCUUAAAUAUUUAUUAUUAUAUAUGUUAUAUAAAAAAAACAUUAUUAUCUGUAUAAAAAUAACUUGCAAUUAUAUUUAAUGAUGAUUUAAACUACAACAAAAUUUUAAUAAUAUUAUGUAAUAUUUUCAACAUUUUUUGCUGGUAUCAAUAAAAUUUUAAUGAAAUCUUU